UAGCUUCAUCCGUUCCAUCCCUGUCGCUAGCAAUUCUCAGCGCUAGGGUAGGUAACCUGGGAUUGUUUCCCUUUCCAAUUCUGUGUAAGAAAUUCCUAUCCGCAACCGCAAGGCUUUCAGCCCCCGUGCGGCCGUGCGCCUCCGUCCUCUCCUCCCCCCGCUCCCCUUCAAUCCCGCGCAGGGCAGCCAUCAGCCAAUCCGUCACGGCCGUGCCAGGCGAAAAGGCCGCCUCCUUUCUCUUUCCCAGCCUGCCUUUGACCACAGAUUCCCGCUCCAACCUUCCCUUCCAGCCCCGUCCCACGCAUGACAUAAAUAUACCUUCUUUUGACGUCCAUUGGCGUCGAAGGGAGAGACGAGCUUGAGCUCCCCGCGAGCCUCUGCCCCGGGGAAACCUGUAGUAGCAGCGGCUGCUAGGGCCGCGGGUUGUGGUUCGUCGCAAUGGCGGCGGAGUCGCUGUCCGGUUUCUUGGACAUCCGAGCGGCGGCGCCGUUCUUGGUAGCGGCGAUGGCGUUCUACUUCCUGGUGGAGCAGUUGUCCUACCACCGCAAGAAGGGCCCCCUGCCUGGCCCGCCGCUCGUCAUGCCGUUCCUCGGGAGCGUCGCGCACAUGCUCCGCGACCCGACGGGGUUCUGGGACGGCCAGGCGGCGCGCGCCAGGAAGUCCGGGAUGGGGCUCGCCGCGGAUUUCUUGGUCGGGCGGUUCAUCGUCUUCAUCCGGGACAGCGAGCUGUCCCACCGCGUUUUCGCCAACGUCCGCCCCGACGCGUUCCACCUCAUCGGCCACCCCUUCGGGAACAAGCUCUUCGGCGACCACAACCUCAUCUACAUGUUCGGCGAGGACCACAAGGACCUGCGCCGCCGGAUUGCGCCCAACUUCACGCCGCGCGCGCUCUCCACCUACGCCGCAAUCCAGCAGCGCGUCAUCCUCUCCCACCUUCGGAGGUGGCUCGACCAGAGCGCCGCCGAGGGCGGGAAGGCCUUUCCGAUACGGGUGCCCUGCCGCGACAUGAACCUGGAGACCUCGCAGACGGUGUUCGUGGGGCCGUACCUCACCAAGGAGGCGAGGCAGCAGUUCGAAAGGGACUACAACCUCUUCAACGUCGGGCUCAUGGCGAUGCCCGUGGACCUGCCCGGGUUCGCGUUCCGGCGCGCUAGACAGGGCGUGGCGCGGCUGGUGCGCACGCUCAGGGAGUGCGCGCGGGAGAGCAAGGCGCGCAUGCGCGCCGGCGCCGAGCCUGAGUGCCUGGUGGAUUACUGGAUGCAGCAUACGGUGCGGGAGAUCGACGAGGCGGCUGCGGCGGGCCAUCCGCCGCCGGCACACACCGACGACGAGGAGAUCGGGGGCUUCCUGUUCGACUUCCUCUUCGCGGCGCAGGACGCGUCCACCUCCUCCCUCUGCUGGGCCGUGACCGCGCUGGACUCCCACCCGGACGUGGUCGCCCGCGUGCGGGCCGAGGUGUCCGAGGUCUGGUCGCCGGACUCGGGCGGGCCCAUCACCGCGGAGCAGCUCCUGGCGAUGAAGUACACCCAGGCAGUUGCGCGCGAGGUGGUCCGGUACCGCCCGCCCGCGACGCUGGUGCCGCACAUCGCGGGCGAGCCGUUCCAGCUGACGGAGUGGUACACGGUGCCCAAGGGCGCCAUCGUGUUCCCGUCGGUGUACGAGUCGUCGUUCCAGGGGUUCCCGGACGCCGACGCGUUCGACCCGGAGCGGUUCUUCUCGGAGGCGCGCCGGGAGGACGUGGCGUUCAAGCGCAACUUCCUGGCGUUCGGCGCCGGCGCGCACCAGUGCGUGGGGCAGCGGUACGCGUUGAACCACCUGGCGCUGUUCUUGGCGCUGUUCGUAUCGGUGGUGGACUUCAAGCGGGACAGGACGGAGGGGUGCGACGAUCCGGUGUACAUGCCGACGAUCGUGCCCAAGGACGGCUGCGCCGUGUACCUGAAGCAGCGCUGCGCCAAGUUCCCAUCUUUCUGAGCUGGUUCUUCUUGUCCUCUUGCUCUUGCCACACUCUCUCUGUUCACUGCAGCUUCUUCUCCAUUUUCUUUUGAUUUCUUGGCGGGGUAGGUCGUGUCUCCGUGAUGCGUGGUGAUUUGUAGGUUCUGGUGUUCGCGUGCUUGUGUGUUUCGCCUGCUCUUGCAGGGGGGUGGUCCAUUCAAUUAUUUCGUUGGCAAUUUGGUUUGGUUGGUUUGGGACUGUAGCUCUGAUGCCUCGGGGUCCCAGGGGAGUAGGAGAUAUGAAUAUUACAAGUGGGUUGGUGACUGCAGUCUGCAAUGUGUGGUGUCCUGGUACUGGUUGGUGAGUCGAUCAGAACUGCUCAUAUCUGCAAUGAAUUUCGUCGAUUGUUUUCGCUAAAAAAGGUCUAUGAAUAGUGUACGUACCCAUGGUUCGUUUAUGGUGGUCUUUCUGUUUGGAUUCGAUGAGUAUGGAACUAUGGAUAUGAGUACUAGCAUGCACACUGCCAGUUACUACUGCACAUGCAUCGCCAUCGCAAUAUGCUUUCUUUCUUUUUUCUUCUUUGCCUCCCAGGGCAUCCACAUUGUUUAAAGGCCGCACAGCCUUUAAGUCGGUGUCCAACAGUGGCUCUAUGCACGUUUAGU